AUGCAGACUGUUUCUACAAACUUUUGUGAAAGAAUGGGUCACUCUCAGGAGCUCAGUGAAUUUAAGCAUGGUACCGUGAUAGGUUGCCACUUGUGCAAUAAGUUCCUCCAUGAAAUUUCCUUGCUACUAAAUAUUCCACUGUCAACUAUUAGUGGUAUUAUAACAAAGUGGAAGCAACUGGGAACAACAGCAACUCAGCCACUAAGUGGAAGGCCACGUAAAAUGACAGAGCAGGGUCAGCGCAUGCUGAAGCGCACAGUACGUGGAAGCCACGAACUGUCUCUCGAGUCAAUAGCUAAAGACCUCCAAACAUCAUGUGGCCUUCAGAUUAGCACAACAACAGUGCGUAGAGAGCUUCAUGGGUCUCCAUGACUAAGCAGCUACAUCCAAGCCUUACAUCACCAAGUGCAAUGCAAAGCGGUGGAUGCAGUGGUGUAAAGCAUGCCACCACUGGACUUUAGAGCAGUGGGGACAUGUUCUCUGGAAUGAUGAGUCAUGCUUCUCUGUCUGGCAAUCCGAUGAACGUGUCUGGGUUUAGCAGUUGCCAGGAGAAUGGUACUUGCCUGACUG